GCUUCCAGACAUGGUGGACUGGGAUCUGGGUCGUGUUUGGGGCCGUGCUGGGAGUAUCCCUCGGCCUCCUGAAUUGCACAUAUAUGGCCACGUUACAUGAAAACGAUCUCUGGUUCUCCAACAUCAAGACGUGACGGGAAUGCGGGAGGGUUCUGCCAGAGUACCACCUGAGCCUGCGUCGGCCUGGCACUGUGAUCUGGAGCCGCGGCGGCGUGGUGUUCCCCCACUUGCAUUGUGGCUUCUCCUGGAAAUGAGCUUCACAGGCGGCGUUGGGUCAGCUGCAUGCUCCUAGUGAUGUGGCUUCUGCAAAGCAUAGUUGCAUGGAGGCUGUAUCCUGUCUUGCUUUCAUGAGGAAAACAAAUGAUGAGGCAGCUGACCUUGCUGGUGAUGGAUAGUGUAGCUUUUUUUAAUGCAGCGUUAGAAUCUUCUGUGACUGUACAUUGUCCAUGGUAGACUUAGGGUUUGCUUAUAUGCUUUAUCAUAAGAAAAACAGCAUUACGUUCCUCUCCAUUUUGGAGCACUGUCAACCGUAAUGGUUCUUGUGUGAAUUGCUUUGAAUUGGGCUGAUUGCAGGUUUGCUGGUUGUCGUUGUUGCAUGAAUAACUGGGUAACUGUGCACCUGCCCUCCCUCACCUCCAAAUCCCGAAAGGUCGCUGCGGAGCUGGAAGCAGCUGUUGCCAGGCUUUGUAAAUUCAUUGUGCAUGAAAUAACUGCAGUGACAGUUACAGCGCCUUCCGGAGUUAUGCCGGGCUUGAAGCAGCUCGCGUUUUAAAUAUAUCAGCGGUUUGAAAAACGAUCUCAACAUUUUCCGAACAAUGUUCCAUGUACAUUCUUUUUUACGACUGAGGUCACAAGUGGCAGAGUGUAUCCUCCUUCCCCAACUGUGUUAUGGGAUCAGUCGGCUCUGUAGUGUCGAGCUGAGCAGAAGUCCAGCGCUGCUCGCAUUUGAUUCCCAGCUUUUAAAAUAUUACUUGAUAAGCUCUUUUUCUGGGACUGGAAGUGGUGAUGGGGAUCUGCAGCUUGCAAGUGGACAGGCUCACUUUUUUAACGAGGAGCGAUGGGUGACUCCGGGUCUUGGGAAAGGAGUUAGCGGGGUGUUUUGGGGGCAAGCUGCCGCCAGUUACUGAUUUACACCACUUCCUAAUGAGGCACCUGGUACGAGGCAGCAGGAAUGAAUCACAGCGGCUGAGGAAGGGAGGUCUGAUCGAACGGCGGCAUGGAUGUCCGAAGACGAGGGAAGUGCAAGCUGGGCGAUGCUCCAGGAACUUUCCAUGAUAAGGGAUCUUUGGAAAGGUCUGUUGCCACGGGGAGCUUAGAGGACUGUAGAAGCCAGAAGUCAAGGGCCCCGUUUUGCUGGUGGGCUGUUGACGUGACGUUGGGGAUCCUGUUUGCUGUUUUGCUGGGCGCCUCCCACUCUUUCUGUGUCUUUUCUAUACACGAGAACUUGCUGUGGUUCUCUCACCUGAAGGAAGUUGAGCGUGAAAUCUCCUUCCGAACCGAAUGCGGCCUGUACUACUCCUACUACAAACAGAUGAUCCAGGCCUCCUCCAUCGAGCAAGGGCUGUUAGAACUCAUCUACGAUAACAAGACUGAGUCCAGGAGGACCAUAAACGUCUUACAGCGGAUGAACAUAUACCAGGAGGUGUUCCUGAGCAUCCUCUACAGGCUUCUGCCAGUCCAGGAAUACUUAGAGCCGAUAUAUUUCUACAUCUACACCGUCUUCUCCCUGCAAGCUCUCUACGUCACUUCGCUCUAUGCCACCAGCUGGUUCCUGAGUGACUCUUGGCUGGCCGGUGCUCUCACUGCAUCGUGGUACAUCCUCAACAGGAUAGACACCACGCGUGUGGAGUUCACCAUCUCACUGAGGGAGAACUGGUCUCUGCCCUUCUUUGCACUGCAAGUGGCCUCCAUCACGUACUACCUGAGACCCCAGCUGAAGCCACUUCAGCAGAGAGCCGUGCUUCUGCUGGUCUUCCUCUCCACGCUCUGGUUCUCCCUCACCUGGCAGUUCAACCAGUUCAUCCUGCUUGUCCAAGCUCUCGGACUCUUUGUCCUCGACUGCCUCGACCUCAUCUCUCCCGACAAGGUGGCGCGCCUGUACGUGGUCCAGUUGAGCAGCCUUCUGGUGGUGUGGCUCCUGCAGUUCUGCAACCCCAUGCUGUUGGGCUCCCUGGCUGUCAGCUUCCUCGUCUCCACGCUCCUGGUCAAGCGCUUCCAGGCGGGCUUAAAGCGCGGAGGUCCGCUCUCGCGGCUGGCCAGGCUGGUUCUCGGCGGUCUCCUGGUGCUGGCCCUAACCUUCACCAUUAAUUUUUUAACAAAGAAAUCCCUGCAGCUCCGAUCCGAUGAACAUAUUUAUAAGUUUGUAAAGGCAAAAUUCGGCUUGGGGUCAACAAGAGACUUUGAUGCCAAGCUGUACCUGUGUGAGGAGGCCUUCGGCCUGUUGCCUCUGGACACGUUUGACCGUUUGGCUGGGACACUGGUGCUCUACCCCUACCUGUGCGCCACCAGCGUCCUCCUGGCUGUCCUGCUGUUCAUCGCCCUGAGGAAUCUCAUAGGUUCUCAGAGCGAGGCGGACCAGCACACGCUGGGCUUGCGUCCGGACGUGGCGUACAACUUGCUGCACACGGUCCUCUUUGGCCUCCUGGCCUAUAGCACCAUGAGGAUGAAGUAUCUGUGGACUGGUCACAUGUGCGCCUUCGCUGCUUACGGCCUGUGCGGGCGGGAGCUGUGGGAUAUCUGCCUGAGGACACUUUGCUGCCACACCCCAGCCAAGUUAAGGCUCAUCCGGUACGCUGCUCCCGUCUCCGUGCUGAUCUUCCUUUACUUUAAGUUCUGGCCCAAAGUGACGGAGGAACUUUCAGAACUGAGGGAGUUCUACGACCCCGACACUGUGGAGCUGAUGACCUGGAUCAGCUCCAAGACCCCCGUGGGGGCUGUGUUUGCCGGCAGCAUGCAGCUCCUGGCUGGCAUCAAGCUCUGUACUGGGAGGAGCCUGACCAACCACCCGCACUAUGAGGACCAAGCGCUGCGGGAGAGGACACGGGAGGUAUACCAGAUCUAUGCCCGGCAGUCGCCUGGGGCUGUGUACCGGACGCUGCAGGCAGUGGGAGCUGACUAUGUGGUCCUGGAGGACAGCAUCUGCUACGAGCGUCGGCACGGGCGCGGCUGCCGUCUACGUGACCUCCUGGAUGUGGCCAAUGGGCACAUCAUGGACGACGCUGGUGAGAAUGAGCCCGACCUUAUACAGGCACCUCAUCCCCGCUUCUGCGUGGCCAUCAAAGCUGACGACCCAGCCUACACCAAGCUCUUCAAGCGUGUCUUCCAGAACAAGACAUUCCAUGUGUACAAGUUGCGGAAGAGGAAGCCUCGAUCGGUGGGCGGCAGCACCGGUGCCGAUGUGUAAGCGGACCAGGCCGGCACCGUGACACUGUGCCGGCUCGCUCCCCUCCUCUCCGCAUUCCUCAUGCCCACAGAAACGGCGGGGAUGACUCACUGGCCAACACGCCCGCGGCAUAGCUGUGGAAAUCGAUUAAGGGUGGUGAACUGGGAGCUGCGUGAUUACUCCUCCAUUCACCCUCAUUCUCAGAACUCUAAAAAAAAAAAAGCCCUGAUAUUCUGACAAUGAUUGGAACUCUCCACGGAAAUUACUGGUGCAGUCCAUCUCAUCAAAGAGAUGGUGCUGGGGGCUGCCUCUCUGAAUCUCCCCGUGUAAUGAAUACUUUAUUAGUGACACCUAUCAAUUGCUUUCCACUCUUGUCGUUUGAAGUUUGUUUAUUGAAAUAAAAUACUGGAUUUGAUUGAAA